AUGGACGAAGCACCCCCAGACGCCUUAAUCCUCCCCUUUGACGACGACCAGCCCGGCACCAGCACCCUCACCGACUCGGACUCCGACUCCUCCACCUCAUCCCUCUCCGACGACUCCCCCAAGAAAACCACCCGAGCCCCCCGUCGCCAGGCCACCAAACUCGACCCCAACCUCAAGGGCCUCAUGGGCGAAGCCAACGUGCGCUACGCCCGCGGCGACAUCGAAACCGCCCAGAAAAUGUGCUUCGAAGUGAUGCGCCAAGUCCCCGACGCCUACGAACCCUACCUGACCCUGGCCCAGAUUUUCGAAAACACCGACUCGACCAAAUACGAGGGGUACCUGGCGAUUGCCAGCUGCCUGUACCCCCAGGAUUCGGGCAUUUGGUGCCGCUUGGCGGAGCUCAACAUCCACAACGAGAAGUACAAGGAGGCGGUUUCGUACUACUCCAAGGCCAUUCGGGCCAGCCCCCGCAACAUGGGGCUGCAUCUGAAGCGGCUGGAGCUCGUGGAGCAGAUUGGCGACGUGCGGUUUGCCCUCGCGUGCAAGAAGCACAUGGCGAAUAAGUUGCCGAGGGCGCAGCACCAGAACAUCAUCGAGUUGUGCAAGGAGGUGGCGAAGCACUACCACGAGGAGAAGAACUACGUCAAGGCGCUGGAAGUGCUGAAAAUCCCCUUCAAAAGAAUCCCCAAGCGAGUGACCCAAGACUUGGUGAAUAUGAUGCUGGAAUUGUUGCUUUUAACCGAUCGUUUCACCGAAUGUUUGGACAUUUUCAUCCAACAUUGCAAUUUCACGUUCGAAAUCACCGUAAAUGAGGAUAACACCAUUGCGAUCGAUUCGUACGUGAUGCCCCCCAGCAUCCAAAUCGACCUAAAAGUCAAGUUUAUUGUUUGCUUGAUUAAACUGAAGUCGUUUCACUUGGUGCCCCCUUUAAUUGACUCAAUGAUACGCGAGGAAAACGUUGAGGAAAUCGGUGAUUUGUACCUGGACGUCGCUGAGGAUCUAAUGGCCACAAAUAUGUCCCUCGAAGCCCUAAAACUCCUAGUGCCCCUUGUCAAAAGCACCACUUAUAACCUGGCUGCAGUUUGGCUGAAAUACGCCGAAUGUCUCUACAACUGCGACAUGUUGGAGCAGGCCGUGGAGGCCUACUUCACGGUCAUGACAAUGGCCCCACAACACGUCGAAGUCCUGUACCCCCUAGCUAUGACUCUCCUCAAACUUAACAAAAAGUCCGAAGCUUUGGAAGUGCUUUCGCAGGAUUUGUCGACGAAUAAGCUUGAUGUGGCUGUUCUUAUUGAGAGGAUGAAGCUUUUGCGGCAAAUUGACGAUAUUGAGGAGUACUGGAAGUGUGCGGAAUUGCUCCUUUCCAGGCACUGUGUUGCUGUGAAAUAUCCAGAAGAGGCGAGGGUUGUGAUCACAACUUCGUAUACGGUUAAUGAGAAGGUGAAGAAAAUCAGGGAUAUGAGGAGGUUUCGGGGUGAUUUGAUGCCGGUUGAGUCAGGGUUUGAGAGUAUAAGGGAGCCGAGUGUUCAAGCGGAGUUUGAUGUUUACAAGGGGGUUUUAAGGUUUGCGUUGGAGAGGAGGGAGUACGCGCAGUUGCAGAAGUUUGCCUUUAUGGGGUUGACGUCCAAGAGGUUUACGGAGUUUGCAAAAGAAAUCCAGCUUUUCGCCCUCUUCUCCACCAUCUACAACAACGACACCUUCCACGGCUACAACCUCAUCCGCAACGUGGUCACCAGCGACUCCCACCGCCACAACACCCUCGCCUGGAACCUCUUCAACAUCGUCCUCAAAAACACGGACGACAUCCGCCACAACCGCUUCAUCUCACGUCUCCAAGAGCGCAUCCCCGACAUCCACUGCCUCCAAGCGAUUGAAGCCAACUACAGCCUUACCACUAACUCCAACCUCGCGAUUAAAUUCUACAUGCGAGAGUUCCGCAAACUCAAACUCCCCUACUUCGCUCUAAUCCUCGGCGUAAUCUUACUACAAGGCUACAGCAAGCGAAAAGCGGUCGAAGACCGCAAAAAACUCGCAGAAAUCGCCUCAUAUCUCUUCCUAUAUUAUGCGAAAAACCGAAGCAAAGACGCCCAACAAGAGAUCUAUUAUAACUUGGGGCGAAUGUACCACCAGCUCGGCGUCAUGUAUUUGGCCCAAAACUAUUACUUAAAAGUGUUGGAGAUUGAGGAGAAGGAACCAAGUGAGAUACUGGGCUUGAGAUACGAAGCGGCAUUUAAUUUGCACUUAAUUUACAAAAACAGCGGAAAUUUCACAGCGGCGAGGAACGUGUUAAUAAAAAAUAUUACGAUUUGAGAUCUUUUUCGAAAUAUUGGCGCUCCUUUUUUUCCCGCUCGAUGGCACUCAACAUGGCGUCGAGAAAUUUCCCCAAAUCGAUGCAAGUCCCCUCCAGGUAAAGCGCAUGCGCUAUGAAGGGAAUUUUCCUUAAAGAUCGGCCGCUCAAACCUUUACUUUUCUCGCAGAUUUGCCACAAUUUCUGCGUUUCUUCAUUUCCCUGCUCGCCCUUUUUAAUAAUUUCCGCCUGAAACACGAUAUUGCAAUGACAGGUCUGGGAAAAUUCCCCCCAAGAUUUUCACUUUAGUUAAUUCCUCGAAGCACGAGUGGUACACCUUGUAAAUAGCGGUUGGGGUUGGUAGCCCUAAGUAUUGUUUAAUGUCGGCUCUAUCAAUGAAUGCUAAGUCGAUUGAUUCGGUAAUAUUCGAAGUUGUCAGGAUUAAGACAUUCGAGUAUCGCUUGAUUCGAUCGAUUUGGGUCAAAACGGCGUUGACGACGCGGAUCGAAUCCGACGGUUCGUUACCUGCAAACACCUUGUAUACAGAGUGUAACGAAAAGAUGAGACAACAGACAUCCCGCAGGUCAAAAUAAGUUAAAAUAACAUGCCUCUACUCAAGGUUCAAAAAAUCUGUUCGUUUUUUUUUUAAUAACUUCUUAAAGGAGUAGUCGAUUUUUAUGAAAUUUGCUAUCAAAACCAGUUGUCUUGGUGCUAUUUCUUUUAUUUUUUUAUGUUAUACGUAAUAACGACUUUUCACAUUUUAAGCUGUUUUGUUUUUUAUGUGAAAAAUCCAUAAUUUUCAAACAAUUUUUUAUCUUUUAAAGUUUUUGUUUAGUCCUUUGUUAUGGAGUUUCGCCAGUUUUUAUUAUUGGUUUUAAAAGUUUACUUAAUUUAAUUAUUAUUAUUGUAAUAAAACAAAUUAGUUUUGUUUGGUAGAAAUCAAAAGUUUUGCUUUUUUUGUUUAAAUUAAUAAUAAAUUAAUAAGCAGUUACAUUGUUGCUAAUUAACAUAAUCGUACGUAAAAAGACUCAAACCAAAAUUAAAGAAAAGGAUUUAAAAAACAAUACUAAUAAAAUCGUGUAUAGAAUAAUGAACAAACAAACAAAAAUCAUUUUAAAAAUGAUUGUGUUUCAGACUUGACAAUGUGCUAAGAAGCUGAGAAAAAAAUUAUAUUUAGAAAAAAAAAAGCAUUUAUUUAAAAGAUGCCCGAAAAAGUAAAAAUUUAUUAUUUUUAUUUUAGCUUACAAGUUAGGAUUCUAAAAUUUAUAAAAGCUUUGGGAACAGUGGUCAAUUCAAUUCAAAGAGAAAGCUUUUAUAAAUUUUAGAAUCCUAACUUAUAAGCAAAAAUGUCUCUUCUGGUAGAAAAAUAUUAUUCUUUAUUACUUUUAAGUGCAUCUUUUAAAUAAAAGUUUUUUUCUAAAAGUUUUUUAUAUUUUUUUUAUUUAUUGCUUUUUAGUCUUUACAUAUUCUAAAAAGCUUAUUGUCUUUUUUUCUGAGAAAACCUUUUAGGAGAUAAUUAACUAUAUAGAAUUGCAUUGUCAUGCAGAUUACGUAAGUAUGCAAAAUUCCAAUUCAUUCGGACAAUAAGGAAUUUAGCUCAGAAAAUAUGACACAGACAGACAGACAACAAAGUAAGUUAAAUAAAAGCUUUUAAAAAGUGGCAUUUUACAAUAAAUAAAUUAGUUUAAAUUAGUUAAAUUAGUUAAAUUAGUUAAAUUAAUUUAUUUCUUGUUUAACAAAAUCUUGCGUACAACGUGAGUUUUUAUUUCAAAUGUGUGUUUAAAUACUCGAAAAAGACGAAAAUUACACCAUUUUCAAUUAAUUUCUAUUUUUUUCUAUUUCUGAAGGAAAUUUUGACUGAUCUACACAGUUUAUAAAAAGCAAAAAUAAAAUUUUCAAUCCAUUUCGGCAAUUUUUGGUUUACUUUUAUAAUUUAUAAUUGCGAAAUAUUUGCUUUUUUAUCGAAAAUCCUUCCAAGUUAUAGCACCGAAAUUUUUAAAAUUUUCCAUACCUAAACUAAGUUUUUAGCCCCAAAAUGCGUUUAAGUGAAUUUUGCUGAACAUUUACGUUUUUGUAUAAAAAUGUGUUACUAAAUUAUAAAUUAUGACAGAAAUGGUAAAAUCAUUUGUUCAAUUUUGCAAAAACCGGAUUUUUACCUAAAUGUUGUGCUUAAACGCUCGAAAAUUUUGAGCGUUUUUUGGUUAAUUUUAUUGAUUAUUUUGCUAAACAAUAUUUCAGACCAAAAAUAUGCUAACAUGUAUUUUUCGAACCAGUUUAGUGAUUUUUCUGCAGGUUUUUUGGAAUAAGGCAAAACUAUAAACGCUAUUUUUUUUGAGCUCACUUUAAAUAAAAUUAUUCAAAAUAAUUGCGUUUCUAAUUUCUGACUGAACAACGUCCUAAAAAGGAAAAACAUGACUGUUUAUCCGAUUUUGUGAUUUUUUAGUCGAUUCUUAACAAAAUUUCGGCACAAAAAAACUCAGUUUACAUUGUUUAAGGGCUCGAAAAAGGCCCUUCUUUUUGAUAAUUUUGACGCAAAGUGCGAGCUCUUGCAAAAAUAUUCCAAGAGUACAGUUGUUAUAAAUUAGUUGAGUUUCAAAAGUAAAAUCUGAAUUUACUAUACAAUUUUUUAAAACAAAAGAAAUGAUACUAGAAUAAGGGGUUUUGUAAAUGAUGUCCCAUAUUUCCUAAAAAUUGAUUAUCCUGUUAAAAAGUCAUUGUCACUAUCUUUUCCCUAGACCCUGUAUAAUUCGGUCAAGUCACCUGAAAUGCAUUGGUUCCGCGCAUGCGCAAGCGACUCGAUUUCGUCGAUCAAAACACAAACUAACAAAUUUGAAUUUUCUACGAUUUCGAUGAUUUUUGUAAACAUUUUCGUCACCAAUUUACCACUCUGAAACAAUGGUUUUAGUAAAGUGGGGGACACAUAGUGGUGCCAACCUCGGAAAACCACUUGGAGAAUAAACUGUGACUGUUGAUUUCGAUUAAAACGCCAGAAUUGUAGCGUUCUUGCAUGCGAAUCGCUAAUUUAUGGGCUAGGGCUUUACAUAGGGAUGUUUUACCGGUUCCUGGAGGGCCAUGGAGGAGUAUAACACGGUUGCAAUUGACGAUGUUUGUGUCAACACCACGGUCUGAGAAUUCCAUCAUUGUUUGGGCGUAUUUAAGCAACUAAAAAUCAUAUUAAAAAAUAAUAAUAAAAUAAAAUUUGUUUUCCUAAUCCCGUUACCAAAUGGCAAAUAGCAUUUAUUAUCUUACUAGUGAUGUAAUGAAAUUUAUGAAAAAUAAAUAAAAUUAAAAUUAAAAAAUACGUUAUGAAAAGCCCAUUAUUGUUCUACUUAAUUAAACAAAAUCAGUCUCUUCAUAACUGAUUACGUAAAUACUAAAUAUUGAAAAAUUUGAAUACGUUUUGUUUGAUGUUGUUAUCGUAGUGGAGGUUCUCCCAUAAGUUGUAAAUAUGAGCUGAAGGUAGCAUCAAAUGAGUGGCAAAAUUUAGCUGUCCCUCGUCCUCGCCCUCCUCGAUUUGGCUCUGGGGGCCGUCAUUGUCAAGAGUGUAAACGUGCCAAUGUACUUCAUAUUGGCUAAAGUUGAUGAAACCAACCUACAAUCGCUUUUUUGUAAUUUUAUAAUGCGAGAUUUUUUUUAAAAGACAAACAAGGCCUGGGAUUUCCUCAACAAUGAUCGCUUUAACUUCUGAGUGAAGUAUGGGGUGAUGGUCUUGGUCAAACUGCGUAAUUACUGUAUUACUUCCUACUUUGAUAGUUUCCAAAUAAUGCAGGGUUAUUGAAGUUAUGAACGUUUUCGAAAUGUGGCUGCAAGGUGAUAAUUGUUGAAAAAAAUAGUGCGAAACGAUUAACAAUACCUUUGGUUCUUUAAAAUAAUUUCAAUAUUGAGGGGUUUCAUUCUAAAAUUCAAAACAAAUAACCGACAAAUUUGAAUUUAAAGUGAGGUUAGGUAGUGGAAGUAUUGGAAGUGCCAACAUUGCUCGUAGGGGAAAAACGGAAUCACUAACAAGUACUCAGGUUCGCUUAUUCGACCAUGCCAGUACUGAGUUACUGAUUUACUGACCAACAAAAUGAGCCUUCAAGUAUUUAUUUGGCGUCUCAUGCGAACCAAAAUGGUAACAAUGCUGUGAAUUUAUGUAUACGGCUGCCUUUAGCAAUAAUAUUGAAAAGGGUCAAGUGAAAUGAUUUCAUGAAUUACUUUCGCUUGGAUAACUCUUCGCAUUGUUGGUUGCCUAUACACUUUUUUUGAGAGUUUUUUUUUAUUUUGCUGAACUAAUAAAUUAGAAAUAGUAAUACACUUAUUAGUUUUGUAGCUUGUAUUAAUUAUUUAUUUACAAUUUAAUAAUAGUUUAUUAAUUACAAGGUACAUAAAAUACGAUUUUUUUUCUCUAUGCGUCAGUUUUUUUUUAAAAAGAAUAGGGUAAAAAUAAAAAACAGUUUUGUUAGCAAAUAAUAAUAUUUAGGCACAACUGUGCGAAGCCUCGAGAAAAAACUGUACUACUUUAUUCAAAAGCGUUAAUAAGCGCUUGAAAAAGGCAAAGCUCACCGCUAAUUUGCUUAUUUUACUAAUUUUUUGGUAUGAAAUUAUGCAAAGUAAUUGAUCAUUGAAUUGAAAAAUAAGCUAAAACGUCCAGAAAUGA